AUGAGCAACAAGUGGUCUGUCGUGCCACUCGUGGUGCUCACCCUCACAGGCCUAGCGAAAAGCUUUCAACCACUCAUUGCGUCUGAUGUGAACUCCACGACCCACCGCAGCAUCACAAAAAGAGCUGCUCUUCUGAAGACUGCCGAGGUCUGUAGAGACAUCGCAAAAGCAGAAGGAAAAAACUUCAGUCUCACUAUUGAUGACAGUCUAUCAGUUGACCAAGUACAAGAAGCGUGUUCAUUUUCAGACAUUUCCACCUCGCUCCUGUCCAGUAUUAUGUUCCAUGCUUCUAUUGCCAGUUUAUACUUCAGCAAUGCUAACGUGGAUUUAACAUCUGCGUCAAGUGACGAACACCAUUUUGAUGGAGAAACAUUCCUGAAAGGGAGGGACCUAAUUACAAAAGGUGUGUCUGCUGUGAAAGCCAGUGUAAAACAGGACAACUUUAUCGCAGGGCGCUGGACUCUUGGAAGUGUAUGUCACACUCUGCAGGACUUCUAUAGCCACAGUAACUGGGUGGAGUUGGGGAACAGGUCACCUUACAACGCCCUCAUCAAACCUGGCCAAACUUUGGAGAAUCUGGCAGGACCAAAUAUUUCUACCUGUAGGAACUGUACAGGAGAGAACUGUGAUGACAACAUAUUGCCCGAUGUACUGCAGCAAGGGCUUCUUACUUCUGGCUACUUCAACCUCAUCUCCUCUGAAAAGCCAGAUGGUAAAUGCAGUCAUGGAGGUUCUUUUGACCAAACAAGCAAACGUGAACCAGUGGGGGGUAUCAAUAAAGAUGAGACCGGGUCCAGCCACGGUUCACUUCACUAUGAAGCAGCUAACUUGGCAGUGAAUGCUACUUUGGAGCUUCUGGAGAACAUCAGAAUAGCUGUAGGAGACAAGAACUUCCUACGAUUGAUGGGCCUCUCCCAGUCCUCUGCAUUGUGUUUUGUCAUCGACACAACAGGGAGUAUGAGUGAUGACAUAGCUGAAGCUAAAAGAGUUUCUUUUAACAUUAUUGACAGCAAGAGGGGAACACAGCAGGAGCCUUCAAUCUACAUAUUGGUUCCUUUCAAUGAUCCAGGUUUUGGACCUCUCCAUGUGACAACUGAUGCAGACGUAUUUAAAGAAAGCAUCAACAAACUGACCGCUAGUGGAGGCGGUGACAUCCCAGAGCUUUGCCUGUCUGGACUGCAGCUUGCCCUUACUGCUGCUCCACCUUCAUCUGAGAUAUUUGUCUUCACUGAUGCUCCAGCAAAAGAUGCUGACUUGAAAAACACUAUUACGGCCCUUAUUGAGAGCAGAAAGUCUGAGGUGACUUUCAUGCUAACGGAUGUCUUGGCUAGUCGACGCAAAAGAGCACUGAAUCAAGCAGAUGCUCAGCUAUACCGUGACCUUGCUCGGGCUUCUGGAGGUCAGGCCAUUGAGGUCAGCAAGUCAGACCUUACUCUGGCUACGAGUGUUAUAGAGGAUUCCUCAUCCAGUGCCUUGGUAACUGUCUUUCAAGUUGUGGUGAACCCCGGAAAGCCAGAUAAUUUUACAUUUGCUUUGGAUAGCUCACUACAAAACAUUACUGUCUACAUCACAGGAGCGUCCUCUCUCUCUUUUGAUCUCAUCAGUCCUACAGGUGAAUCUCAGCGCUCCAGUGAGUCCAGUGGCCCUCUGGCAUCACUGGCUUUAGCAGGUAACCUACGACGACUGACCCUCAACAAUGUCAAUGAAACAGGACGGUGGAAUAUCUAUGUAGACUCCAAUGACCCCUACUCAGUUAAGGUCACAGGUCAAAGUUUAUUUAACUUCCUAUACAAUCUUGUGGAACCACAAGAGGGGGCCCAUGCAGACUUCUUUCUAAAGGAAGGACGCCCUAUUUCAGGUGGUAAUAUGUCCCUCUUGGUCACAAUGGCAGGAAGUGACAGUGUAACGAUUCCUGAAGUCACGUUGUUUGACAGCUCAGGGCCAACGGAGGUCAACGGGACUUUGACGUCAUUAGGAGGAUCUGACUUCCUGGUAACAUUUAUUGAGAUUCCAGCGGGUGAUUUUGUGGUUAGGUUAAACGGAGAAGAAGGCAGUCCAUUAUCAAGGUCAUCUCUUAGUAGGUUCCAAAGGCAGGCUUCAACUCGGAUUAAGACUUCCAGUAUUUCUGUGACUGCUCAACCUAAAAGCACCAUCAUAGAACCAGGCUCCACUAUAUCCAUCACUUUCACUGUCACCAAAACAACCAAUGAAGUCAUUAACGAGACCGCAACAGGGACCUUUGCAGUGCGUGCCACCAAUGACCGCAGCUUUGACUCAACAUCACCCAGUUCUAUUACCAUUGAAGCAGACACCGGUGGGAAAGCCAACGGCACAGUGACCCUCACCGCCCCUGACAGCGCGGCAUCAGGCUCUGAUAUCACGCUUACCAUCGAGGCAGAAGAUGAAGCUACGACUGAUAUCAACUAUACUGUUCUUCGGUUUUCAAUUGCUGCUGAGGUGACUGAUGUUAAUGGACCAGUGUGCCAAGAGAUCAGCACAUCCACCAAUUGUUCAGCGCUCUGCUACACCUCCCAGUGGAAGUUUGUGGCUAAUGUGACUGACGGUGUGAAUGGGACUGGUAUUGAAAGAAUCACCGUCCGUGAAGGAAACGGCACUCUCAACACGACCGUAGUAGUCGGGCUGGGGGGCGAGAACAUCACUGUGGCCUCCUACCUGGCUUCUUGCUGUGCAGACAGAGUGGAGCUGACUGUUGUGGACAAUGUAGGAAAUGUUGGAAUUUGUUUGGGCCAAGUGCGACAGUCCACCACAGUUGCGCCUGUGACUGCAAAUAAUUUGACAACUAACUCCACUUCCACUGGACAGCACACGAUUAGCACAACACUUUGGAUCUGGAUACUUGUUGUGACACUUUCACUUUGGAAAUGA